UUGAGAAUUUGAGCAAGGCUUCUGGUGAUUUUUUGACAGAGGUGGACAAGUUUGCGAGUAACGCAAAGAAGCAGGUUAUGCUUGGAGGAGCACGGAAGAUGUUUGGACUAUAGACAUGGAGGAUGAUGAUGAUGAUGAUUAUUGAGUCGCGUCGCGUCUCGAAUUUAUUUUUUGUUUUCUUCCGCGCGAGGGACAAAACAAAGAAGCCAGGGGCACAGCAGCAGCGACCAGGACCAGAGCAAAGGGCCAUCAACACAGGAGGCCCUGCACAAGACACAAAAGGAACACCCUCACGCUCUCUUCUCUCCCAUUCACCAAAGGUCUACACCACAAAGGACAUGGAUGUCUGGCAAGCUGUCAAGCGGCGACACCUCGCACCAGGUACCAUGAUCUCCUCUCCGCUCGCCCAGUCCAUGCACAACACGCCCGUGUACAGCGACGAGCUCGCCUUUUCAGAGGAACACCAUCGAUCACCGCCAAAGCAGAAACGCCAGCAGCAACUCAUGACACCCCGGCAUUCAUCGAGUUCCGCGGGCUUCCUGUCGUCUUCACCAAGACGCGAGCAAGCACGUUCUUGGCCAUCAAAACAGAGUGCAAGCCCUGAUGCAUCCGGUGCAUGGCUCAGCAUUGGCCGCUCCUCCAAGGACAGCGAAGUGACUCUGCCGCCCAGUAAUAGGCUUAUUUCGCGUCGUCAUGCAGAGGUACGGUUCCUUCAAGACGAAGAUGCUCUUGGAGUGCGUUGCCUUGGCUUCAACGGUCUUGGUGUACGGAUUGGCGGACAAGCCUUGUUUGUGAAGCGCGACUGUAGCAUUUCGCUGCAAUUGAGCGGCAAUAGCGGCGCGUAUCAGCAUCAAGCAGCGAGAAAUGUCGUGUUGGACAUUGCUGGCUCGCUCAUCGUUAUCUGCCCACCUGCAGCAUCAAGGAAAACUGGUCUGCGCAUGCAACAGGAUGAUGAAGAUCUACAUCUUCCUGUUCCUUCUUCACCCGCAUUGCAUGUGAUUGAGGAGGAAGACGAGGAUGUUGAAGAGGACGACUUGAAUGCACAAACUGGCAUGAUCACAUUGGAGAUGUACCCGAAUGAUGCCGAGGCAAGCUCACCUCCAGCUCUUCCGGUCGAUGGCAUUCUCACGCCUACCCAAUCGCCCGUGCGCAAGAAGCAGCGCAUGCUCUCAGUUGACGGUGAAGAAGAUGACAGUGAGGAUGAGAUGGAGGAAGCUGCCUCGCCGCAGCAGGACACCUCGAUUGCAGCCCUUGCCGUCACUGACAAGGACACAGAAUCAACCUCGAGUGUUCUUCAACCACGACACAUCGACUUUGGUAAGUCCCGAGCAAACUCCCUACGCGCGCCGACACCCCCGAAAAAAUCUGAACACAGGGGUAAGGAGAAUAUUCCUCCCACCGAGCAAAACUCGAGGUCCAUGCCUGCCUCGCCGCAACAGGGCAUGGUUCACUCGCCAGUGCCCGCCAUUCAAUCAUCCAUGUCUCGGAGCACCUCGCCCUCACCUUGUAUUGCACGUCUGGAAGAGGCUGCCAAAGCCGUCUUUGACUCGCUCGACCGGCAAGAUCAGCUUUGCGAGGCAUAUACUGCAGUGACGAAGGCUAGCUCGCCUCCACCUUACACGGAAGCGAUGCCUGAGCCUGCUGAUGUCCCUGCAGUACUAUCACAGCCUACUGAAAUCCCUGCAGUACUAUCACAGCCUAUUGAAGUUUCUGCAGUACCACCACAGCCUACUGUUGAGGCGCCUGAAGCACAGCAACUUGAGCAUGUCAUGGACACGGUUGGACCAUCUGCCGCUUCUGAGCAAGAUGGCGCGGAUCCUGAGUUUGUGGACAUGAUUCUGACAACCUUGGCGUCUUCUACGCUGAGCCCAACACCCAUCUCUUACUUCACACCUUUCUUCCCAGAAGGCACGUCCUUGGACGAGAUUGAGGCAUUCUUGAGGGAACAAUCCAGUAUCGCUGAAGUCGAACGGACGGGUAAAGAUGCAUCUGGCAGAAUGCUCCGCUCUGAAUGGUACUAUGAGCCAAGUGCUGAUACAGACGUGCAGCGUAGUCAACGCCUCGAGUCUCUCAGGAAGCCGAUUCGUGGGACACGCAAGGUGCAUCACCAAUAUUUCUGGCAGCCUGUUGCACUGAGGAAGCCGCUGCCGAGCUCAGGCUUGAUUGAACCAAAGCCGCGAAAGAAGGCAAAGGGAAAGAAGGUUGAGGCGAGUAAGAAGGCCUAGAAUAAGCCGCGCUGCCGUUUGUAUUCUCUCACUUAUUGUAUAUUUUACUUCAUUUAUAAACCAGGUCGCUUGCGACUGCGUGACAGCCAUCGAAACUUCAGUCAUGCUUUUGUCCUUGAGCCUUCGAGUCUGAGUCAUGUUCAUGAGUACUGAAGAUGAUUCACUGGCUGUCGAGUCCUCCUGCCCAUCUGAAGUCCUUCUUCCCUGGCGCCCCCACAAAAUCUCCUUGAACCUUGAAUCCUCCUCAGCCAACUCUGUCAUAACACUUGUCAUGGACCUACGGCGCUCGCUCGUCGAGAAACGUCUAUCAGCGCGCUCAAAGCCCUCUUCUAAACAAGGCUC